AUGGCGCUCUGGCACUGCUUUGUCUUCAUAUCUCUCUUUGGAGCCGUGUCGGCUGAGGGGUGGGAAGAAUUUGCUGAUAAUUUUGCUACAGACUUGGCCCCUCUUGUCGCCCUCUUUGGCGAACGCCUCACCAAGCAAUACCUCUCUGAAUCAACCAGCCUCCUCGAUAACCUCAUCUUCGCCCUCUCACCACUCGGAAUUCUCACAGCCGUGGUAUCUGUCAUUCGUAUUUGCGGAACCUCCUCUCUUCGAGCGUUUGUGGGUCGGGCCAACGAGGCUCCCGGAGAAGCAGAGAAUGAGCUUCUAUCAUGCGUCUCUGAUGCCACUGCAGAGCUGUUCAACAAUGGUGGCAUCUCUAGGGUACCUGGUAGGCCCAGGCUUCUGGAGGUUAUGGUAUGGGAGGAGAUGGACUUGUGUACAAAGGAGACGUCCUACAAGCUUGGAACCCUUCGAGAGGCGAUUCGGGAAGGUGCUUGGUCUGAGCAUGAAGGGAAAUGGGCUCUUGAUGAGAAGAGCCCGGGUCUUGACAUUCCUAAUUUGUCGUUGAACAAGGGUAUCAAAAGGAGAGGCCCAGGGUGGUUUUGGGCUGCAGCUUUGCUGGGCAUUGUCAUGCAAGGAGGCACACUCGCCUACGCAGCCAUGACUGUAUAUUGGUAUACAGGCCUUUUCGAAAACAGCGAGAAGGCGUCCGACAGUUAUGCUUUCCCACUCUAUCUUUAUGGGUCAGUAACCCUAAGCAUAGGCAUGUUUCUUUGCGCCUUCAUGCUCGAACGCUCUUCAACCGAGUAUCGUGCAUCUCCAACAACCCCCAGUAAGAUCUACUGGUUGCAACCCGGGCGGCAGACAAUUGGAGAUCAAGAUUUCGGGGCCUUUCUCGCCGUCAACGAAGGCCCGAGUGGUCAACUCACGCGGGGUUUAACAUAUGUGAAAUCCGUCCGCAGUCCCUCACCAAAAAGAAGGGGACCGAUGCUCAUCUUUUCUAUCUGCGUCACAAUGCUCGGUUUUAUACUGCAAUUUGUUGGUCUCCGCGGCCUUCACCCCUCGGUUAUAAUAGCGGACGUCGGGUCCACACUUCUGAUGGCUGUAGUUCGCACAUGCCUGAGGACAAAACGAAUCGGCUCAGACGGAAAUAAUUUUAGCAAAGCGGACCAGGAACUGUUUUCUCAUAACCAGCAAGAGCUAGAUUGCUUUGCCUUUCGCCUUGAGGAAGUUGAGUCGUUUCGGCUUGUCUCGAGCCUUGUGCAUCAAACUGCCCGGUCUCGAUCCGGGUCAUGCUCUACCAGUGAUACGUCUAUAAUUACCACUCAGCCCUCCGGCCGUGGAGCAAGACUUAUAAAGACACGUGCUCGAUUAGCAGAGCUCACCUCUUGCUCCGGUAUCCACCAAUGCAUGAACUGGGAUGACCUCCCAAUCCGACAGGUGGCACAAGACUUGGCAUGUACGAUCGAGGCGACCAUGGAAGUGGUCUCAAGAUGGAAGGGACUGCCCGGGAGCACUUGCAGCUUUGAGCUCUCCUUUGCAUGCCAAACUCACGAUUACAAAUCCACGGGCUCUUCCUUGGAGACGUAUCCCAUUGUUCUCAAACGAUCAAACGACACUUUUCAAUGGAGGGUCGACACGCAUGAGCUGGAGGCCAUACUUGGGCUUUGGACCUACUCACUGCUGAAAUCUAAUCCAAAGUGGUUGCAGAAUGGCCUCGGUCGAUCAGUAGGGCUUACUAAGUCCGAGGCUAGCGCUGAAGCAACAGAUCUAUACUUUCACAAAUGGAUUUUUCGGCAAAGGGAGGCCCAGAUGGUAUCGUCUAAAAUGAUCUCCUUUUCCGAGCAGACAUUCGGCUGUUACUCAGACAGCCAUUCAGACAACAAGGAAAUCCUCGUCGUCAAGACUGAGAACAGAUUGGAGGUCAUGGCCGCCCAGGAUAUCUACAUUCAGUUCCUCAUGAGCAUUCUCGCAGACCUUAAAGCCUCUGAUUGGGAUGCCGACAUCGUCUCGAGGUCACAGAGCAGUUUCUCUGCUCAAUGUACUCGCAUUGAUGAGCUUGUGGGUUGCUUUGAGGGUGGGAACAUGGGUUCGAGAGAGGACGCAUUGCUGUGUAUUGUGCCUGUCUUAAGACACCAAAACCUUCUGCCGGAGCUCGCUGCUGAUUCAAAAGGAGUAAGGGAGCGAGUGGAGAGGCUUAGCAGUGGUUCUAACUUGAUCAAAUGGGACACUGCAUUGUCUAUGGUGCGAUGGCUGUGUGAACGAUGUGAAGGCCAAGAAUUCGAGCGUUCUGUCUAUGAGCUGGGUCUUCUUGCUCAGCGAGCAAUGGUCCACAAAGAUGCCAACGUCCGCGAAAAGGGUUUCAGGGUUGCCCGCUCUCUCCUAGAAACAGAUAUCAGGGCGGAGUUUUUCAAUUCUCGGAGACCACCACACUGGAUGAACUCCUCGAACCAACAGCAUUGGUGGUCAGGCUAUGCUAGACAGCUCGGGUGGGUCACAUGGCACAUUGUCAAAACGAAAGGCGACCGGCACGGCAUGAAGUCGUUUCUAGAAGGAUUGGGAGUCUCAGAGAAGCUAGUACCUGAGCCAAACUACGCCAUUGCAGGACGAGCGAUGAGCGCGCGAGGAGAGCGGCACGCCAUCAACACGCCUCCAGAAGCUGUGGGACCAUCGGCAGGGCCAACAUAUCACUCAAGCGGAAAAGAAGGAGAGGAUAUCCCAAGUACGACCGCACAACUCACAUUUCUCGGAUGGGUCAUCCCCGAAUUCGAUUUUGCCCCGUCUGAGGAAGGAUUCCGCCUUGACGACCAGCGAGCCGUGGAGAGCUGUUUACGAUGGAUAACUCGCAGCGCCCAAGACGCGCUCUGUCACUGGAUAUCUGCACACUGGGCCAAUAUCAGCCAGGAGCACUCAGAAGUGGGCUCAAAGAUGUUCAUGUAUGCAGCAAGAACAAACUCGAGCAUGGUGAUCAAGUGCCUUCGCCGACGGGGCGCAGGCAUCAACGAGCCGGGUCCUGGGGGCUGCACGGCCCUAAUAGAGCUUGUCCUUGAAGAUCACCAGGAAGCAGCCAAACUACUGCUUGCUAAUGGGGCUGACACAAAUGUCUGCGUCAAAGGGAGUAACUUCCCGCCUCUGAGUCUCGCGGCUGCGCAAGGCAAUGAAGAGAUCUCACUUCUGCUUCUCGACAAUGGCGCAGACCUCGAAACGCGCGACACGGAAGGGUUUACGCCGUUACAUACCGCAAGCCGUGAAGGGCAGCUAAACACUACUGCCCUACUCUUGAAGCGGGACGCAGAUAUCGAAAGCAUGGCCCGUAACGGAAAUACGCCCCUCUUAUCGGCUGCGGCAAGUGGCUUUCCUGAGGUGGUUCGGCUCCUCGCACAAGCAGGAGCCAAUCUAGAUGCUAAAGAUAUCGAUAGCAGCACCGCAUUGAUGCUGGCUGUAUUCACCGGGUCCGAGGAUGUCCUCCGCUUGCUCAUAGAGCUCGGCGCGGACACGCACCAACGGGAUGAUCGUGGAAGGACGGUCUUCGACAUCGCGAGGGAUAUAGGCUCCCGCAGGCCGAUACAUGAAAUUUUAGAGACCGCAGCAGGAUAUAAAGGUUAG